UGAACUUACUCCCACACGGUUCCCAUCCUCCCUAACGUCAUCCUCUCCGUUCCCAAUCAUCCUUUUGAAUCCUUUUCAUCCAGUAAUAAUCACAAGUCCCGUUCCAAUCCCAAAUACAGUGCAAAACUCAGUCAUAAAGACCUCGCAUGAGCCAAAGCAAAGAUGUAUCUCCCAUCAUUCUCCACAGCACUCGCAGACUCCGCCUUUCCAUUCAAUUGGAUUCAUGACACCAUGCGUUUAUUCGUCAUGUAUCUAGCUACGUUCUUUGCUGCUAGUUCGCCAACUAUCGAGGCCCAGGGUGGUAGUAGCAGCAGUGGGGAAUAUCUGAUCGGGCUUGGCAUUGGGGAUGUUACUGGCCCAGUUGUCGAGACAAAUAUGAUGGGCUAUGCAUUCCUGCCACAAACCGACACUGGCCUCCACAUGCGCCAGCGCAGCCGCGCGUUUAUCGUCGCCGACGGUUCCAACCCAUCUGAACGUGUUCUCUUCAUUAACUCUGACAUUUGCAUGGGCGACACCGGCAUCCGACGAACCAUUCUCUCCUCCCUUCAAUCGCUCUAUGGAGACCUCUACACACCCGCCAACACUGCUCUCGUUGGAACUCAUGCCCACAGCGGCGUUGGCGGUUAUCUCGAGAACCUCCUCCCACAAGUCACUUCCCUCGGAUACGUGAAUGAAACUGCAGCUGCCAUCGUCUCCGGUACCCUCAAAGCCAUCGCAGACGCACACAACUCACUCGUUCCGGGUAAUAUAAAGCUCGGAAACACGACGCUGCUCAAUGCGAAUCGGAAUCGGAGCCCGAGUGCGUAUUUGGCGAAUCCGGAGUGGGAAAGAGCGAUGUAUGAGGAAAAUCAGGACACGACGGUGACGGUUUUGGGCUUCGAGAAUGGGAAUGGAGAUGCGAUGGGAUUGCUGAGCUUUUUCCCGGUGCAUGGGACGAGUUUGUAUGAGAACAAUACCCUGGUGAGCGGUGAUAACAAGGGCAUGGCAGCGUGGAUGUACGAAUCAUACAUCGAACCUUCCUCGAUGCCUGGUAACAACUCCUUUGUUGCAGGGUUCGUUCAAUCCAAUGUGGGCGACACCACCCCGAAUACCCUGGGCGCUUACUGCGAAUCACCCGGAAAACCAUGGGAUGGUCAACCCUGUGAGUUUGAGCACUCGACAUGUGGUAAUCGGACUGAGGACUGUCACGGACGGGGUCCCGGCUUCCGCACAUCGGAUUUUGAAUCCAACAGGCUAAUCGGGCAGGCACAAUUUGAAGCAACACGGACUGUGAUGGAAGACAGCAAUAUGACCGCUGUGAGCGGGAGUGUGAAAAGCGUGCAUGUAUAUCUUGAUAUGACGACUUAUACGUUUACGUUGCCAAAUGGGACGCUUGCGAGAACAUGCCCCGCUGCUCUUGGUUACUCUUUCGCGGGCGGAACCACUGAUGGCCCCGGCGCCUUCGACUUCAUCCAAGGAGAUAACACCUCCUCCCAAAACCCCUUCUGGGAAGUCGUCAAAAGAUUUAUCACUCCAGCCCCUUCAGAAGAACAAAUCGCAUGUCACUACCCCAAGCCCAUAUUACUGAACUCGGGAUACAACCAUAAGCCGUACGAUUGGUCGCCUGGGAUAGUGGACGUGCAGAUGUUGAGGGUGGGGCAAUUCGUGAUUCUUGUGAUGCCAGGGGAAUUGACGACUAUGGCGGGGAGGAGGAUGAGGGAUGCGCUGAGGGCGAGGCUGAUUGCGGAGGGCGUCCUGGACGAUAGGGCGUACGUGGUGAUUGCGGGUCCUGCGAACACAUACGGACACUACGUCACGACGCGCGAGGAGUAUAGUGUGCAGCGAUACGAAGGUGCUAGUACGAUAUUUGGACCUGCCACGCUUGAGGCGUAUAUCAACAAGUACAGCGAGCUCGUUCCGUACCUCGCGACGAAUGCUACUGGGAUCCCGUCAUCCAAUGCAGCUCCUCCGGAACAGACGAGCAAGGCAAUCUCAUUACAGACCUCAGUGCUCGUUGACAAUCCUCCUAUUUUCAAGCACUUUGGAGACGUCCUCGCUGAUGUCGAGAGUGGCAUAUAUCACGCGGGAGACACUGUAGCUGUGCGAUUUGUUGGUGCUAACCCACGGGUAUGUCUUUCAACCCCAUCUCCUUCCCUCUAUUUCGUUCUGUCUUGACUAUAAAUAUCACCAGAAUAAUCUGAGACUAGAGGGGACAUUCCUCACUGUGGACAGACAAAUAGACGGCGAGUGGGUGGUAGUAAGGACAGAUUCGCAUCCUUCGACGACGUACCAGUGGAAUCGGACGAGCAAGGUGCUUGGCACAAGUACAGUUGAUAUCCGAUGGACCAUCGAGGACGGGACGCCAGUGGGGACAUACCGAAUAACAUACUACGGCGAUUCAAAGUUGCUGUUGGGCAGUAUAUCGGCGU